AUGCCGCUGGGCCUGGGCCGCCGCAAGAAGCCCCCGCCGCUGGUGGAGAACGAAGAGGCGGCGGGAGGGCGCGGGGGGGCCGCCGGGGAGAGCCCGGGGGGACCGGGGGGCACCGGGGGGCCGCCCCCCCCGGGGCUCCCCCCGCCGCCCCCCGCCCUUCGGCCUCGCCUGGUCUUCCACACGCAGCGCCACGGCAGCCCCACGGGCCGCGUCGAGGGUUUCACCAACGUCCGCGAGCUCUACGGGAAGAUCGCCGAGGCCUUUCGCAUCCCCCCGGCAGAGGUGAUGUUCUGCACCCUCAACACGCACAAGGUGGACAUGGAGAAGCUGCUGGGUGGCCAGAUCGGCCUGGAGGACUUCAUCUUCGCCCACACCAAGGGCCAGCGCAAGGAGGUCGAGGUCUUCAAGUCGGAGGAGGCCUUGGGUCUCACCAUCACCGACAACGGCGCCGGCUACGCCUUCAUCAAGCGGAUCCGGGAGGGCAGCGUCAUCGACCGGAUCCCGGUGAUCAGCGUCGGGGACAUGAUCGAAGCCAUCGACGGGAGGAGCCUGGUGGGCGCCCGUCACUACGAGGUGGCCAAGAUGCUGAAGGACCUGCCCCGCGGCCGCACCUUCGCCCUCCAGCUCACCGAGCCCCGCAAGGCCUUCGACAUGAUCGGCCCCCGGGGUGGGGGGGGCCGCGGGGGGGGCACCCAACUGGGAACCGGCCGGGGCACCUUACGCCUCCGCGCUCGGGGACCCGCCACCGUCGAGGAGCAGCCCUCCGCCUUCGAGGAGCGAGCGGUGGCCAAGGUGGACGAUCUCCUGGAAAGCUACAUGGGCAUCCGGGACAGCGAGCUGGCUGCCACCAUGGUGGAGCUGGGCCGGGACGCCCGGGACCCCGACGCGCUGGCCCAGGCCCUGGACUCCCAGCUCGGGGACUUCGCUUUCCCCGACGAGUUCGUCUUCGACGUCUGGGGGGCCAUCGGCGACGCCAAGGUGGGGCGCUGCUAGGGGGCCCCCCCACCACCGGGGACGACCCCCCCCCCCCCCCCCACGACCGGGGACGCCCCCCCCAACCUGGGGGUUGGGGGACCCCCCCCACUCCUGGGAUUGAGGGGUCCGUCCCCGUCCCCCCCCAGCCACUGACCGCCACAGACUGGCCCCCCCCCCCCCCACCGGGUUCCAUCCCAUGAUUGGGGACCCCCCCACCCCCCCAACGUGCAAAUGG